AUGAAGGCAAAUACUCGUGCCAGUAUCACCUCAGCCACCAACUCUAACUACCAGUAACUUAGUUCUCAGAUGACAUUAUUUCAAAACAUUAAUAGUAAUCUUACCAACAGACAAUAUGAUAUAAAGUUACUUAAGUAAAACAGAUCAGCUAGCACACAUAGGUCUAAUAUCAAUUAGAUUGAUUGUCUCUCUUAGAGACAAGUUCUUGAAUAAACUAUGAAUAAAUUAAAUAAUAGAUAUAGAAAUAAUCAUAAGCAGAUAUAUUCAGGCUCUAAUAACAUCAAUUAACUCAAGUUCAUGUCAAAGCCAUACAAUGAGGUUAGGUAGAAAAAGAAAAUCAAAUAAUAAUAUGAGCAGCAGUUAGAAUACUUAAUAGUUUAAUUUUAACUCUGA